UACAAUGGUACGGAGUACAAUAAUCCGCAGACAAACUUCUCGGCGAAACAGGCAUUAUAUAGAGGGCAUUGGGGUCGUCUGACUUACUUUUCUUCCAUCCUGACCACACAUAAUCCUUUUAUCAUAUUGAUUCGACAGACUCGAAAUGAGCGAUAACUAUGAGGAAAAGCCUGACGCCAUUGGCAAAGAGUUCAGUGAUGAACUCACGCCCGAGGAGCGUGAGCACGAGAUCGAGGCACGCAAUCUGCAAAGCAAUCAGUAUCUCGACAACGAACCACUGUAUGACCGGAUAGCGUUCGCGCAGAUACCAGUGCACAUGAAGAGCCCUCGCAUGCUAGUUAUCACACUGGGCGUGUUCGCGGCGUUCAGCGGCAUGCUGAGUGGGUUAGACCAGUCGGUGAUCUCGGGCGCGCUGCCUGGUAUCCGCAAGCAUUUCAUCGCGUCAGGCGAGUGGGCGAGCAUGGACGACCCGAAACUGGCGACCGACAUUUCACUGAUUUCUUCACUGAUGCCGCUGGGCGCAAUGGCCGGCGCGCUCAUCAUGACGCCGUUGAACUUCUACUUUGGACGCCGCAACUCGAUUAUUAUCUCGUGUUUGUGGUACACACUGGGCAGUGGACUGUGUGCAGGCUCCCGUAGUGUGGGGAUGCUGUUUGCGGGCCGAUUCAUUCUGGGCAUCGGUAUCGGAAUCGAAGGCGGCUGUGUCGGUAUCUACAUCUCCGAGUGUGUGCCGCCAGAGGUGCGUGGCAACCUGGUGUCGGUAUACCAGCUGAUGAUCGCAUUCGGAGAGAUCAUCGGAUACGCCGCCGGCGGCGUUUUCUUUGACAUCCCAUCAGGCAGCUGGCGCUGGAUGCUGGGCUCGUCUCUCUUGUUUUCGACGAUCCUCCUGGUUGGGAUGGCCUUCCUGCCAGAAUCACCACGCUGGCUGGCAUCCAAGGGCAAGUACGGGCGUGCGUGGCGGGUGUGGAAGUCGCUGCGCGACAUGGCCGACCCAAAGAGCCUGGACGAGUACCUUGCGAUGGAACUUACAGUCAAACAUGAGGUCGACCAGUCCGCGAACGAGAAAUGGCAUCAGAGGUAUCUGGAGGUGUGCAGGACGCCGCGCAACCGACGGGCGCUUGUAUAUGCCACGGCUAUGAUAUUUUUUGGGCAGAUGACGGGCAUCAAUGCGGUGAUGUACAAUAUGUCAAACUUGAUGGCCAAGAUGAACUUUGAUGACCGCGAGUCAGUGCUGAUGUCGAUGGUGGGCGGUGGCGCGUUGUUCCUGGGAACAAUUCCUGCUGUGUUCACGAUGGACAAGUUUGGGCGCCGGGUGUGGGCGCAAAACAUCCUGAUGUUCAUCGUGGGUCUGGCUCUGGUGGGCGUCGGCUACCUAUACACGAACAAUGGUGUUGAUUAUUUCAAUGAGCAUAAGGCAACGGCCUUGGGGUUGUUUUUCUCCGGUCUGGUGCUGUACAUGGCGUUCUUCGGGGCAUAUUCGUGCCUGACCUGGGUAGUGCCAGCAGAGAGCUUUGGUUUUAGCACCCGCAGCCAGGGCAUGGCGAUCUGCUCUGUAUUCCUUUAUCUGUGGUCAUUCAUUGUGACAUACAACUUCGAAGGGAUGCAGAAAGCGAUGACCUACACCGGCCUGACAAUCGGUUUCUUCGGCGGCUUGGCCGCGCUAGGCUUCUUUUACCAGCUGUUCUUUAUGCCCGAGACCAAAGACAAAACAUUGGAGGAGAUCGACGAGUUGUUUCUAAUGCCGACAAGUAAGCUGGUUGCGCUGAACACAAGCAAUCUGCUUAAGCCCUUCCGGCGGCGAUACCGGCCAGAGCAGGUCGACAACUACAACCCCUGAAUAGUUC